AUGGCUGCCGGUGGAGCAGGAUGCGGGGACACGGCGGAGCAGUGCCGGGCCGAGGUGGAGCGCUUGACCCGGGAGCUGGCGGAAGCCAACCGCGAGAAGGUCCGUGCGGCGGAGUGCGGGCUGGUGGUCCUGGAGGAGAACCAGAGCCUGAAGCAGCAGUACGCCGACCUGGAGGCCGAGCAGGAGACGCUGAGGCUGGAGCUGGAGCAGCUGCAGGAGGCAUUCGGCCAGGCCUACUCCACCCAGCGUAAGGUGGCAGAAGAUGGGGAGACCAACGAGGAGGCGCUGUUGCAGGAGUCUGCCACCAAGGAGGCCUACUACAUGGGCCGCCUCCUGGAGCUUCAGUCGGCGCUAAAGCACAGCCGAGCCUCCACCUCCAACGCCCAGGCCGACAGCGAACACCUUAGCACACUGCUGCAGGAGCUAAGGGAGAGCAAUGAGGUGUUGGAGUUGCAGCGCAGCCGGAUGCGUGAGGAGAUCAGGGAGUGCAAGUUCCGAGAGUCUCGGCUGCUUCAGGACUACACCGAGCUGGAGGAGGAGAACAUCACUCUGCAAAAACUGGUGUCAACACUCAAACAGAAUCAGGUGGAAUAUGAAGGUCUGAAGCAUGAGAUCAAGGUCCUGGAGGAGGAGACAGAGCUCCUCAACGGCCAGUUACAGGACGCUCUGCGUUUGAAGGACAUCUCAGACGUCCAGUUGGAGGAGGCGCUGGAGUCUUUGAAGAGCGAGCGUGAGCAGAAGAACCAUCUGCGCAGGGAGCUGGUCCACCACCUCAGCAUGUGUGAUGUGGCCUACACUGGCAGUGCCCACCUGACCUUUACAUCUGCUCCACCAAGUGGCAGCGCCACCCCAACCACUCUGCUCUCCCCAAAUGCCGAAGAGCCAACAAGAGCUAAUGGAGAGUGCCGGGGCCCGGGUCGGAAAGCCGAGGGGCUAGUGACAUCUGAUCUCUUCAAUGAGAUGAACCUGACAGAGAUCCAGAAGCUCAAGCAGCAGCUGAUAACGGUUGAACAUGAGAAAGUUUCACUGAUGACUAGUCUGCAGGAAUCCCAGACUCAGCUCCAACACACCCAGGGGGCCCUGAAUGAGCAGCACGAGAAGACCCUCCGCCUUAGCCAGAGAGUGACAACCCUCCGCCGCCUGCAUCGAAGGGCACACCUCAACCAGGAAGCCAACACCAGUGCCACCUCUCAGCUCAACCCUAAUCAGGUAUUUUCAUACCAGACCCCUGGUCUGGAGAUCCUGCAGUGCAAGUACCGUGUUGCUGUGACGGAGGUGGUGGAGCUCAAGGCGGAGGUGAAAGCCCUGCGUGACAGACUGGCUCAGUGUGUAGAUGGAGCAGCCGAGGAGAAGCCAAGGCGAAGUGGUCAGCUCCAGAAGCUGGAGAGGCAGGUCGCCUCAUUGGAGAAGAGCUGCCGGGAGGGACGGGAGAAGACUUCUAGCCUGGAGUUGGAGUUGCAAGCAGCUCAGUCAGCAGCCAGUGAGAGCCAGGGUGUGUUGAACGCAGCUCAGGACGAGUUGGUGACGCUCAGUGAGGAGCUUGCCCAGCUCUACCACCACGUCUGUCUGUGCAACAAUGAGACACCCAACCGCGUCAUGCUGGACUACUACAGACAAGGCAGAGGGCUCCGGGGCAUCAGUGCCACUCUCAAAGCCAUGUCUUCUGACAACAGCAAAGUUCUCCUCACACCACGCCUUGCCCGGCGGCUGGCCGCCGUUGCUUCGGCAACCUUAAGACCUGGGGAAUCACGGAGCCCCUCGCAGUCUCCGUCCAAGGAGCGCUUAUCUGGGGAGGGAAGGGGAGAGGAGAAGGAGGGGGACAAGGAGGGCCUCCAGGUGCCUUCCGAGCAGAGCCUUCCGCCCUGUACACCUCCAACCUGCUCACCCAGCAUCAGUGCCUCUUCAUCAUCGUCGUCAUCAUCAUCACCUGCCCUGGAGCCAGCUGGUGAGCUGCGCAGGGAGCCCAUGAAUGUCUACAACCUCAACGCCAUCAUCAGAGAGCAGGUGAAGCACCUCCAGCGGGCAGUAGACAGGUCUCUGCAGCUGUCUAGACAGAGAGCUGCAGUCAGGGAACUGGCCCCUCUGCUGGACAAGGACAAGGAGAGCUGCAUGGAGGAGAUCCUGAAGCUCAAGUCACUACUCAGCACCAAGAGAGAGCAGAUAGCCACUCUCAGACUGGUACUUAGGGCUAACAAACAGACGGCGGAGGGAGCCCUGGCCAACCUGAAAAGUAAGUAUGAGUCGGAGAAGUCCAUGGUGACUGACACCAUGAUGAAGCUCAGGAACGAGCUGAAAGCCCUGAAGGAGGAUGCCGCAACUUUCUCCUCUCUGCGGGCCAUGUUUGCCACCAGGUGUGACGAGUAUGUUAUCCAGCUGGAUGAGAUGCAGAGGCAGCUGGCUGCGGCCGAAGAUGAGAAGAAGACUCUGAACUCCCUCCUUCGGAUGGCUAUCCAGCAGAAACUGGCCCUCACCCAGCGCCUGGAGGAUUUGGCUUUUGAUCAAGAGCAGACCCACCGCACCCGCGGGGGCAGGCUGACCCGCAUGAAGACCAGCACCCCUAAAAUCGUCAGUAGCCUUCUGCCACAGUGCCGUUCCUCGUACCCUCCCCACAGCUGA